GAAGUCAGAAAGUAAUAUAUAGCCGCCCUAGCAAGGUAGCUGCCAAAAAUUAUAGUGUCUGGAUUUAUAUAGUGAAAUCGAGGAGGUCAAUGGCGCAGGUGGAACCAACACGGGGGAAGAGAGAGUCUGAUUCUGACAGGUACAGAUACAACAUGAACUACGCCAGAAUCGGGCAGUGUGUCAUCAUCAACAACAAAAGAUUUGACAAAGAGACAGGAUUGAGCUUCCGCAAUGGCACAGACAUAGAUGAACGCCUUGCGAAGGAAACAUUCAAGGGGCUGGGUUAUGACAUUAAAAUCUUCAACGACCUGACAGUAGCGAAGAUAGUAGAGGAGCUGACUAAAGUAUCGAAGGAGGACCACAGCCAAUCGGCCUCUUUUGUGUGCGUGCUCCUGAGCCACGGGGAGGAAGAGAACAUGCUGUAUGGGACCGAUGGUCCCGUGGAGCUCCCGAAACUGACCGGCCUCUUCAGAGGAGACCGCUGCGCUACCCUGGUGGGAAAACCCAAACUGUUCUUUAUCCAGGCGUGCCGUGGGACUGAUCUGGAUGACGGAGUCAUAGAGACGGACAGCGGAUCACCCGUGAAGAUCCCGGUUGAGGCGGAUUUCCUCUACGCCUACUCCACCGCUCCAGGGUACUAUGCCUGGAGGAACACUGAAAAAGGCUCCUGGUUCAUCCAGUCCCUGUGUCACAUGCUGGCCAAGUAUGGGAAACAGCUGGAAAUAAUGCAGAUUAUGACCCGUGUGAACAACAUGGUGGCACGGGAAUUUCAGUCAUUCAACCUACAACCAGAGCUUGAUGCCAAGAAGCAGAUUCCCUCCAUCGUCUCUAUGCUCACCAAAGAGCUGUAUUUCUCACACUAACGCUAACUAAAUCUCUGUGAUUCUUUAUCAUGUAAUGAUUUUAAUCAUUUAGUCUUUAAUGCUUUUUGCUGAAAAGUGCACCUGUUUUUAAAUCUUUAUCCAUUGUUUAUGAUUGUGAUUUGUCUUGUUCCAUUAGCAAGCAUCGGAAAUUAGCAUAUGCUAUAAAUGCUGUGAUACAUUGCAUUGGAUAUUGUUUGUCAGUAAGCUAUGUUUAAAUGUAUCUUUCCCGAUCAAAUAAACAUUAAAUAAAUA